CGUUUGUUAUUGUUAACUUGCUGAUGCAUAGCAUUUAGUAAAGUUUUAAGCAACAUGACGAUUUUUAAUUUGUACAUAUUUGACAAAAUGGGCACUCUGAUGCAUUACGCCGAGUGGAACCGUACCAAAAAAUCAGGCAUAACCCGUGAGGAGGAAGCAAAGCUUACAUAUGGCAUGCUAUUCUCCAUCAAGUCCUUUGUCAGCAAAAUAUCACCACACGAUCCGCGUGAGGGGUUUCUCUACUACAAAACAAAUCGCUAUGCUCUGCAUUAUCUGGAAACGCCCUCGGGAUUAAAAUUUGUGCUAAACACUGACACGGCAGCCAUCAAUGUCAAGGAACUGCUGCAGCAGCUAUACGCCAAGGUCUGGGUGGAGUAUGUGGUGCGCGAUCCACUGUGGACGCCCGGCACAGUGGUCACCUCGGAGUUGUUUCAGAGCAAACUUGACGAGUUCAUCAAACAGUCGCCUAUUUUUGGUAUAAGAAAUAUUUAGACUAAGCCCACUGUAUAGUUAAUAGAUACGUAUAAAACUCCAAAUCAUGUGUCAUAAGCGCACAGCCGCUCCAAAUUGUAGUCGUUGGCAGCUGCAGAGGCCUCCAAUUAUGCCCGUGUUUUAAAUAUGUACAAAUGGAGCACACGACGGAAAUGCGAAAUGUCCCACAGCGGCAUUUGAAAGACGCCGCCAAAACUUGCGCAAGGGCCAGCUUUAAGAUCUGUAAUUUGCAAUUGCAUAUCAUUUUUUCUUUAUUUUCGUGAAAUUCGUUAGCUUUUCGCAUAUGACAACUGUUGCUGCUGCCGCACGCGAUUAAAUCUGUGCGCGACUCGCCCCCAAACGCCAGUUACUUUUAGGCUGGCUCCACUCGCAUCAAGGGCUUUGCGCAAUCCUCAUAACUAUGGAAAAUGAUUUGCAAAAUGCCACAGGCUGCGCGCAUAUGGAAAUACCCAGAGCCAAGCGAGAGAAGUAGAUGCCAUAUGCAGAGAAGAGCUAGCUAGACAGAGAGAGAGAUACAUAUAUAUGUACUAUAGGUUCGACUUUGGCUUACGUUUUCUUUUCAAAAAACCUGUCGCUGCAGCACCGUUAGCAACCUUUUGGGCAUGCUAAUACAUAUACAUACCCACAUAUGCAUGCCUACAUACAAUCAUAUUUAUGUAAACAUUGGUGAAUUUAUGUAUACCCUUGCUAUGGGUAUUUCAGCUGGGUCACGAAAUGUGCAACGCUUUAAAUAAAUUUCAAUUUUGUUGUUAUCAUCUACAUGCAGGCACAAAGAUACACGCAAUACCUAACUGCCCAA